AUGAAGACCCCAUCGAGGUUAUGUUCUUUAAAUGAUGAAAAUUUCAGAGAUCCAAGAUUCAAAAUGGAUAGCCACCAGAUUCUGGCGAAACAGAAACUGGGCUUCUCUGCUGCACUCCGAGAAGCCUUCAAAAUUUUCUUUCAUUGUCCAAACUUCAUUUCUCUCGUUAUCAUCUUCUCCCUCCCCCUCUUUGCCUCUCUCCUCGCCUACCACAUUCUCCUUCACCCAACCUUCGUUCAACUCCUCAAACUUCUCUCUCAGGAAAAUCCUUUUGAUCCUUCUCAAGGGUACAUCAUCAGGUGUCAACUAGGUGACACCACAGACUGCUUCUCGCAACGCUCCUCUGACAACUAUAACUUCAAAGAAACUCUCUCCCACAGGUUUCUGAUCUCAACUCUUCUCUCUUCAGUACUCAUCUUCUUCCUAGACCUUCUCUCCACAAUCUCAACGGUCUUCAUAUCAGCAGCAAUGUAUGGAGGAAACUCCCAAAUGGAUUUCAAGGAGAUGCUGGUUGAGGUCAGAAAGCUGCUGGCUGCAAGACUGAGUGGCACAAUGGCAACAUCUCUGUAUGUUCUUUUGAUUGCUUCACUAACUCUGCUGGGUUUGGUCGCUUUGUCAACAAACAUGUUUUUGAUGCCAAAAAGCUCAUUUAUCUUUGGGCCCAUCUUUGUAAUUUUGUUGGCAAAAUACAUAGAGUGGAGUGCUAUUUGGAACAUGGGAAUUGUUAUCUCAAUCUUGGAUAAGAACCAUGGAUAUAUAGCAAUUGGAGUGGCAGCAUAUUUAAGCCGAGACAGCAGGAAGUUAGGGUUCAGUUUGAUGCUAGUUUUCUUUGCUUUGAAGGUGGCUUUUGGGCUACCAUGUCUGUAUGCUUUGUGGCAUGAGGGGAGUUGUGGGGCUUUAGGGAAUGUGGUAUCUGUGAGUUUUAAGUGUGUGGGAGAUAUUGUAAUGUGGGUUGUUCUUAUGGUUUAUUUCUAUGACUGCAAAAGAGAAUUUUUGGAGAAGAAGAUCGAUUUGGAGAAUAAUGGGAAAGCCAUAGAGGCUACUCAACAAUAAAUCCAAUGGAAUGGAAGUAUGCUUUUGCAUCA